GAAUAAAAUACUACUGUGAAAGGAAUCUUACAUCAUUCGUGUCUUGUCUCCUCCUGCCUUUUUCUCCAGAGAGGAUAGAGAGGAGAUGGAUGGAUGGAGAGGAAGGAAGGAGACGAUGGUCUGCUGGGUUGUGUGUAUAAAAGGGAAAGCCUGUGGCCUUUGGAACCAUACAAUGAUCAGGAACUGAGAGUGAGAAUAGAAAGAGAGGUCGACUAGUAGUGGUGGCGGUUAGAGCUCAGGAGGAUUCAGUCUUUGAGUCACUUCUCUGACAUCCUAAUUGAUAGGUCCAGAGAGCAAGGUGCAGAACAAGAAAGUAAGAGAUUUCCACACCACAAUGCCAAUGGAGCAAGUCUACGGGCACUGCGACAAAGAUACCCUGAAGAUGGCCAUGCUGAAGCAUGAGGAGACAUUCAGGCAGCAGGUUCACGACCUCCAUCGCCUUUACAGAAUCCAGAAGCUUCUGAUGCGAAACCUCAAGAGGGAGAUCAAGAGCCAGCAGAGCAACUUGUCCGCCUCCCCCAACGGCUCCGGCGGCGCCGAGAACAACUGCGGCCACAGAGCGGCCUUGCUCGACGUGUGCUCCUACGAGCAGCAGUGGCCAGGCGCCGCCGCCACCACACGCCGCGGCAGCCACGCGGCUGCGACGCCACGCGCCGCGCAGCGUGCCGUGGAGGUCGAGUACGCCGCGCAGCUGAGCCCGGAGGCGACCGACGACGAGGAGGCGGAGUUGGAGCUCACGCUCGCCGUGGGCAACGGCGCCGCCAAGAAGCGGUACAGCAACGAGCACUGCUCCCCCGGGCAGAGCUUCUCGUCGUCGUCGACAGAGUCUGACACGCUCGUCGGCAGCCGGGAGUGGCAGCACCAGCAGCUGGUCUGCAGCGGCGCCGGCCUGCCGUACCACAAACGGAGGCCGGCAGGGUUCGACGUGGUGCAGGUGGCGGAGGACGGCGCGGUGCAGCAGCCUUCGCCCCUGCUGUUCCACUGGCUCAGCCUCCGGAUGGCAUGAAGGGAAAAUGACCGGCCGGCGCAUGCACGUACCGUCUACGUCUGUCUCGUUGCUAGUGGCAGACAGUUUGACUUCCUGUUUGCUGAGUUGUACUAGGAGUACUAUGUUUCUUUGCUUCCAGCUUAGUCAAAUGGAUCAAGCUAAUCCACAAAUAAUUAACUUCUUGUUGAGGAGAAUGUAAGUCACUUUCUAGAAGCAGAGAGGAGAAUGUACGUAGGAGCUUUUUCAGGUGAAGCUAAGCAUGAUUAGCACUCGGUGUA